AUGAAACCUGAAGAAAUUCUCCCUGAACUCUUACUGAAUAACACAACAUAUAAAAUUUCAGCAGGAAGAAGGGCUAAAGCCGAUGCCAUUAUACGAGCACAAUUUACAUGCAGGAGAGGCUGUCCAAAAAAGGAAUAUUUAAGAUGCAAGCUAAUUAGAGGACACAAAAGACUUAUGAGACAAAUUAAGAAAAAUAUUAAGCCAGAAAAAACACUGAAUAAAUUUGAUUCAAAUAAUCAAGUUGGUAGAGAAAACUGAAAUCUACUGGUUCAAUGCAGCAUUGAAUCUAGAGCCGAAAUCGAAGCAUGAAGCAAAACUGAAGCGGGACCACUGACUGAUGGAAAAACCAUAAUAAUAAAAUGGCUAUGCAUGAAAAUGGUUUGCUCUGUAACUUUCCUCGUCCGCAAAUUUUAUUAUAAUCCUUUGGCUAAAUUUCUUAUAGCAGUUAUACGAUCCAUUUUCAUAUGAAAUUUCAAAUUAUGAUUUGCUGCACUAAAAUCUGCGUUUUGAAACGUAUAUUUAGUUUCCACAUACAAAAUUCAAAAUGGCAUGCAUAUGCAUGAUAAGAAAUAAAUGAUUAUAGGAUUGGCUUAUCUGGAGCACCUUUAUCUACAAUACCAAAUAUGGCUUAUCGAAUAGGGUAAGACACUUGCCCAGAAUUUUUAGGGCGCAUAGGAAUUUUGCCUCUUCAUACACCGAGGAGGGGACCUUAGAUGGAGCACGCGCAGGAGUCAAGUGUGGAGUGAGACCAGCACGACCAGUGAAGGCUUUCUAGCCCUUUGGUGGUUCCUCUGGAAUUCUUGCCGGACAAGAUAGCCAUCGGCAUCACCAACUUGGAGUUAAAAGGUAGGCUUUGAUAUUAACCCCUGCGGAAGAGAGUAUCACCUUAAAAUUUUGAGUAAUCUAAUUCUUAAUUAACUGACGGGAAAAGCAAAAGAAAAGACAAUGCUGAUGAUACCUGCAAGUCUUUUAACAUGAAAUUCUGUCAGUGAUAUUUCAGUCCUCUCCCAAUCAGAAAAUCUUAUUAUUACUACACAGAAUUAUUAUUCGCAGAGUUUAGUCCAGAAAUUCUAAAUGAUAAGUUUGAGUUUAAUUGCUGCAAUGAAGAUCAGCACAGUUUGGAAUGCUAUCAAAAAUGAGCACAUAUGAAAAAGUAUAUUAAUACGUUUUUGAUUGAAGAUCUGGAGCUCGAACCGUGGUUUCCUGACCGCCAGGUUGUGCCAAGGCUUCCAAAUAUUUUAGAGGGAAAUAUGUUUGAAUUAAUAUACAAUCAAAUUAAAUCGCUUUCAAAGCAAGAGAAUUCUGAUACUGCAAUUUCUGAUGAAGCUAAAACCAUUUUUACACAAGAUAUAUCAACUGUUGAAGAAGUCAAGCAAGCUUCUUCUAACAUCCCUUAGUGAGUAAGCAAUAUAUGGGGAAGGAAAAUCAGAUGAUUGGAAAAUUAAUAUCGCCCCAUACCCCUAUACUAGAUUUGUUUAUCGAGCAAAAUGUAAAUGGAUUGUUGAAAGACCAAGUCAAACUCUCUCAAAGGGAUGAUGGAUCUUAUAAAAGUGAGAGUUAAAAUUGGAAUACUAAAAAUGGUUGGCAAGUGUGAAAAAAAGCUGAUAAGCAAAACGCAAUUUUUAAAACGUAUUAUUAAAUUAAUUUUAGAUUUAAGAUACCUUUUAGACUGGAGAUGAUAGAUAUCAAACAUUAUUAUGAGUCAUUAAGAACGACCAGCAUUUAAUAUAAACUUUGGUUUUGAUAGAGCAAAUGAUCAUAAAGAAAUUUGGUAUUGUUUAUUAAAAAUUGCAAUAAUAAUUUUUUUAAAUUAUUGAAAAUUACACUCCUUAUCAAGUAAAAAAAAUUGCUCUAUAAUUGAGAAAGGAGUGAGGGAUCUGCUUUUAAGCAUUAUAAAGCGAUAAUAUAG